UAUAAGAUGGAUUUGGAAGAAGUAGAAGAUGAAGAGAGGGAUACUAUUAUUACUACUAGUACUUGUCAACACUGGUCUGAACCUGCCAAUAGUUGUAACAACUUGAAUUGUUUGUUCAAGAGAGGAAUCAAUGUAGGAAAGAAGAUAUUAGUUUUUGGUUUUGUAGCAACUUCUGUUCCUGUUGUUCUUCCUGGUUUUGUAGUUGCUUCUGCUAUUGGCCUUGCAGUUUCAAUGCCUUGUGCUAUUUUCUUGGUUAGUCAUAGUUGUACUCAGAAUUUAAUGAGUAAGUUGCUUCCUAAACCUAAUCCUACUCAACAAGGACAUGGUCCCCUUCAUCUUCCGCUUCGACUAGAAGAUGUUUGUUUUAAGCAAGAUAUUGAUAUUACACAUUUAAGUAAAGAGGAUGAAGCAGAGAGAGAUAUUGAAAUGGUUGAUGUUAAUGAGGAAAAUGGGAUAUUGGAUAAUGAUUAUGGACAAGGGGUUGUAAACGAGGAGUUUGAGUUGUCAAAUUCGAGUGAUGCUAGCAAUGUCAUCCAGUGCAAUGGUUCUGAGAAAGAUAGUACUGAUUAUUUCUCUCAGGAGGAAGAGGAGGAGGAGGAGGAGGAACGUUCAACGGAUAAGCUUGAUGAUGAGAAUCCAAUGAGUGGAGGCACAGUUAUGGAGGGUUUUGAUGAAAGUGGAGAAUUUAAAGCACCCUUUGAAUUUGGUGUCACAACCGUUGUUUUAGAGGAAUGUGAAGAUGAAGUGAAAGAGGGUGAUAUAGAGGAAGAAGAGAUGCAAAAAGAAACAAAAGGGCUAUUAGAAAAAAUUAGAGAUGAGGGUAAGAAUGAUAUGAGAGGAGAAUAUGCAAAAGGAAUUUCUAGUGAAACAAGUGAGAAUCAUCAAGAUAUUGGUGGAGUUGUUGAAAAUAUGGAAGUAGGACAGGAAGACAAACAGGAUUCGGGAACUCGUGGAGAAAUGAUAAACCAAGAAGAUUCGAGACUAUGCGAGGAGACGGUUAAGUCAACAAAUGAUGAUAAUGAGGAUGAGGAUAGUGUUUGCAAUGAGGUAGAAUCAUGUGAACCUGCAAGAGGUAAUUUAGAGUUAGAGGUUGAUGGUUUGAAUGAUUCACAGAAGCCAGCGGAUGAAACAUCUGAAAUGCUGGAUGGUAGAGGUUUUCAAGAUGAACCAAUUGGUGAUUUGCUCAUAGAAACGCAGGUUCUUAAUAUUUUGGUAGCCGAGGACUCGUCUGACAUUACCGAUGAUAAAGCUGAUACACAUGAAAAUCUUAAAGAGGAACUAGAGCCUACCAUAUUAGAGAAAGUGGAAUCAGAUGAUAACAUUUCUAACCUUGUGAAUCAAGAAACAAAAUUGCAUGAAUAUAAUAAAAGAAAGGACUCAUUAGAUGCAGAUGCUAGAAAAAUUGCUGAUGAAAGUGAGCUUCACUUGUCUGAGGAAAACAGAAUAGACUCUGAUGCGUACUCAUAUACAAUUGAUUUGCAUGAAGAAUCUUCAAAUGUUACAAUUGACGUGCAUACAGAAUCGAUGGAGGUUCUUGUUUCGUCUAUAGAAUUGGAGUCGCGGUCAUCUCAAUGUUCCUCUGGAAAAGAAAUUGUUUGCCCUUCUGAAGAGGUUUUAUUCAAUGAGGAGAACAUAUGGAAACAGAUCCAUGCCAUCCGAAAAAUAAUAGGAUAUGAAUGUACAAUCCAAGCAUCAUGUGCUGAUGAAUUGAAGGCUCUCUACAUUUUCACCGGAGUUGAACCUCCGACUUUCGUCAAGGAGAACCCCUUUGACCCUGCAGAAAUCAAUGAAAAGCUUCACUUUCUCAUGUCCAUAGUCGGAAUUAAGACGAAUGUGCCUUAGUGUGCUAGUAUGUGAUACAAACGUAUAUUGUUUUUCUUUAAUUUCAUAAAUUAAUGCAAAGUUAGAUAUAUGUUGUUGGACUAUGAUUUUCAUUUUACUCGUGAAUCAGUAAAUGUAUGAGUUGAUGGUUGUAGAUUGUUAUGUGAUGAUGUGAAGAAUCUUAGAUAUAUG